AUCGCAUAAAUGUUGUCGUCAGUAGCGAGGAACAUGGACCCCAUCAGCGUUGGUUUCAUCGUCGGAAUUUGCAUCAUCAUUUUCGUGGCCAUUCUGGUCAUCGUUUGCCGGAAAAUCUACGAAUUUCUGGUGGACAAGGAGCGAUUUUAUUUCCCGCACAAGUUCGACGACGGCCAGUGCGCCAUUUGUUUGAAUCCGCACGAGAACAAGUCGCAUCCGCACUGCGGCCACGUCUACUGCUACCAGUGCCUAGUUGAUUGGUGCCGGAUCAAGUUGGAGUGUCCGACGUGCAAGGAGCCGUUCAAGGUGUUCCGGCACAGCAUCCGAUCGUCGCUCAACUUCCGCAUCUACGUCCCUUAUCCGCUGGUCAAAACGGAAGAGGAAUUAGUCUUUCCGGAUUAUUUCAUUCCGGCCGGAUAUGUCCGCCCGUUUGAGGAUAACACCCAGCAGACGACGACGACUCCAUACACGGAAGAUGAACUCUUCCAGCACUAUUUCCAAUCGACAGCCGAUCAAAUUCUGCCACCGUUGUAAAAUAAUACAUCAAUAAUAAUUUUGACGUUAUACAAUAUUAUAUUUGCUCACGUUUUUUCAUCACGUUCAAUGUUCAACAAAUAAAAGCCCACGGGAGA